AUGUUUCUCCUUCUUUUUUGCUGCUUGUACAGGGAAGGGGAAACGUUCGACUUGUCCAAGCACCCACAGGGGACAGAGGUGAAGGCUAUCACGUACUCUAACAUGCAGAUCAACGAGGGGCCGGACGGGCGGACCGACAUCUACGUCAUCGUGGACAUCUGACGUCAUCGAAGACGUGUGGCGUCUAGCCCGUCGUGGAAUCAAUAGCAUGUAAUCGCGGAAUCGAUUGUCGGUGCCCAUCCCCAGAACUACGGACGGCGUCCCAUGUUGUUUGUCUGCGUAUCGGUCUUCUGGUCGCCAUCCUGUGUGCGGGGCAGAUUUGUAUCCACAUGCCUCUCUUGCCGGACUUGUGCAUCACGCGGCUGUCGUGGGAUGGUGCCGUGCAAUGCGUGUCGAAGCGCGUGCGACGUGUGUAGAGGGCGAUUGUGUCACCGUGGAGGGGACCACAGCAGUUUAAAGGCUCGAUACAUAGCUGCACCCCUCCACCGGAGAAAAAAAAAGUACUGUAGUACUCUUGGAGUCGCCGAUCGGUUGCAAGGAGGAAAGGGCCGAGAUAGGUGGAGUAGCUCUUCCAGGGCUAUCCUGGACCACACACAUCGUUCGGCCUUGGAAGUUGGAAAUGGAGCAAUCGGGCUUCGAACGUCGGUCCAACGCGCCUGACAUCCAAGAACCGUUACAGUAAAGCGUCGCGUAGUCACGAGGCCAAGACACAAGACACGUACACUCACUACAACGCUUGAGGACAACAACGCUGUGCGAUAAACGACCCCAAGACGGGACACACACGACGAGAGAGAGAGACAGAGUUGUUCAAGUUCUUUGGCUCAAGGCUGGCUGGCUCAUCACAGGCGGCCGAAACAGCAGCCCUCAGUACUAGCACGCAGGGAAACGUAGUAGUAUGAGAAAAAAAAUAGUCCCCUUAAAAAAUUUAAGGCUCUGCAACAAAAAAAAAAAGUCUCACCCGUUUGUAACCGACCAAACAAAAACGAAAAGGAUCGCAAAACCGUCGCAUCCGAAAUGAACGAAUGGGAGCCUUCCACAGCACCCAGUGGAUUCUGUAACCCACGAAAUUCCCAGUAUACCCUCCGAACGUCAAAACACAUCAUUAAUUGGUGAUACACUUGGCUUGCACGCCGCCGCUCGUCCCUUCUGACCACAAACGCCCCCUCAUCAACACACAAAAAAAACACUUUUCUUACUAGUUGAGGGCGGGGAUCUCAAGGAGACAGCUCUCGGAUUUCUCCGCACGCUUCGCCGAGAUGAUGUCUCGGGGGCGGCUGCGCAGCCAGUCAUAUCCUACCGUUCACUAAAUUUCCAACAUAUAAAACACCGCUUGUUUGCUGCUGCUGCUGUCUUCCAUUGUUGUUAUCAUGGAUAGAAAGAUAGAUGGGCCGACAUUACAAAAAAAAAAAAAUGCGACUCUUUCAUUGGCAACUACUUGUAGCAUGUACUCCGCACAAACAGCCCGUGCCGUACAACACAAAAAGCGCUGGUUGCGGCCCACAGACCGAACAACCCGGCCCUCAUUUCCAAAACCCUCUUUAGCCAGCCCUUGCGCGCAUCGGCGUACUAAUCCUAGUGCUCGCUGGCGCUCUUCUCAACCUCUCUCCCCUCUUUAUAACCGUAUCUCUGAAAAUAAAACUCCUUCCUCUGAUGAUAAUAGCCCAUCAAAUCCACCCGUCUUCUGAAGAACCUUGUGCGCGCCCCCCCCCUCUCUCUCUCUCGCGCGCGCGCCCGGAAUCCAAGCCCUGCUGCUGUUGUUCCCUGCUAAGCAGCCCUUGUCUUCCUUCCCUCCCCGCUUGGUUGUACCACACAAAAAAAACAUCAGCGCGCCCACCCCCAAGAGCCACCAACCAGCUUGUUCGCACAAGCUGGAAAAUGGACACACAUCUAGCAUACACCACGGCGGGUGGAAAGGGCAAAGUUAUAAUCGUUGCUGGCUACACACGCGCAUUCUCUGAAAACGAGGAAAGCAAUUCCAGCGCCGGCGGCGCUGCUUGCGUCCAUCAAAGCCAGCGCCAUGUACACAAAAAGAGCAAACAACGCCAACAUAUGAACGGCACACGUGAACAGGACUACUUUUACAAAAAGACACGUCGGGGGGGGUGGAUGGAUGGAUGGAUGGAUGGACGCGACCCCCGGGUGCGCGGCGCUAAAAACCCCGAGCACCCCCCCUGCGCAGCCGCAGCAGCACCAUCCCGCCGCCCGCCCCGUCCUCUCCCUGAAAAAGAAAAUCCCCUCCCACAUGCGGAAAAAAAA